CAUUCCCGCAAGUUUUAGCCUCCACAGAUUUUGCUGCCCUUAGUUGCCAAAGUUGAACAAUAUCCUUCCUUGUCUCAUCGCAGAAGGCAUCCCCCCAUCACCAUUGCAGAACACUUUCAUCCUAAUUCCAAUCCCAAGCGAGAAAAAAAUGGCUGAUGCUCCUGUUAGUGCUAUUAUUCAGGUUGCAUUGCAGGCGGUUGUUUCCCUUGCCGCUAAUCAUGUUAAUCUGGCUCGUGAAUUCCCAGAGGAGCUGAAGAAACUCGACAAAUCUGCUGCAAUGAUCCGAGGCUUCUUGGCUGGUGCCGACGAGGACAAGCAUAGCUCAGACGUGAAAAUUUGGCUCAAGCAGCUGGAAGAAGAGGUUUUCAAAGCUGACAAUGUGCUGGGCGAGCUCAACUAUGAAAAUCUUCGUCGGAAGGUGAAGUAUCAAAAUCAACUCACGAAAAAGAAGGUAUUAUUCUGCUUUUCAUUCUUUAAUAAAAUUGGUUUUCGUUGGAGGUUGGGUUCAAUGAUCAGGGAGAUCAACACGAACCUUCAAAGGAUCCAUCGGGAUGCCGAACGUUUGGGACUGGCCUACAAGCACCAAGUUGAAGAAGCAUUGGCUACUAUUGCUGCUGGAGCCACAACAAGCCGACAGACCGACUCUACCAUUGUUCGAAGAGAUGUCCUAGGAAGAGACGAGGAUGAAUCAGAAAUAGUUAAGAAGUUGUUGACCGAAUCUGAAAGUGUUAUUUCAGUUAUUCCCAUAACUGGCAUGGGUGGUUUAGGCAAAACAACUCUAGCUAAAGCCAUUUACAAAAAUGAGCAAAUUGUUGGACAUUUUGACCAAACAAUGUGGGUUUGUGUGGCUAAACCAGUUGACAUAUUGGAGCUCUUCAAAAUGAUUCUAAAAUCGUUAAUAAAAGGGUUAACAGAUAGAGAGAUUGAAGGGGAUAGUAGGGAGGACAUAGUUCAAAAAAUUCAAGAUGAACUCAAGGAAAAAAGAUAUUUCCUUGUUCUUGAUGAUGUGUGGAAUGAUAAAGAAGUAUUGUUGAAUGAUUUUUUCAGCACUUUGGCUGGACUCAAUGCGAAGAAAGGGAGCUGGUGUCUUGUUACUUCUCGGCUGCAAGAAGUGGCAACUAUUCUGUCUAGACAUCCGCAGAUCAAGUUUACUCGUCAUGAGCUAAGAAAGCUAUGCGAUAAUGAUUGCUGGUCUAUCAUGAAAAAAUGGGCAAAUGUAGGGGAAGAAGUACCAAAAGAAUUGGAAGACAUGAGGCGCCAAGUUUUAAGAAGAUGUGACGGUCUACCUCUGGCAGCAAAGUUAAUCGGAGGUUUGUUAUCUAAAAAGAGAAAAGAGGAGUGGCUAUCUAUUUUGGAUGAAAGUCUCUUGAAUGGAGAUCGGGGUGGGAUCGAGCAAAUAAUUAAGGUGAGUUUUGAUCAUCUGUCACCUGUACCGGUAAAGAAAUGUUUUGCAUAUUGCUCAAUUUUUCACCAAGAUACUAGAAUGGAACAAGAUCUACUAGUUGAGCUUUGGAUGGCUGAAGGCUUUCUUCAACCGGAUCCCCAAAAUGAAAGAAUGAUGGAGAAAAUAGGAUGCGAGUAUUUCAGAAUUUUGCUGCAAACUUCCUUAUUGGAAGAAGUAAAAUAUGCGUGGGGAACAUGUUAUGAAAUGCAUGACCUUGUGCACGAUUUUGCAAAAUCAAUUUUGAAUCGUAGCAGCAGCAAUCAGGACCGUUACCUUGCAGUAUACUCAUCCGAAAGAAUGGUCGAAACCAUCAAUGCAAAGUCAUCAGCAUCACUUCGCACAUUAUUUCUGGAGGGUGGCAUAGCUGAUGAUAUGUUGUCAAAGUUCAAAUACUUGCAUGUCCUAAAAUUGUUUGGAGCAGAUGCCAAAGAGUUGCCGACCUCCAUUGGCAAACUAAUCCAUUUACACUUACUUGACAUUUCAGAGUCUAGUAUCAGAACUUUGCCAGAAUCUCUUUGCAAACUUUACUGUUUGCAAACACUGAGAAUUGGCAUGCUUGUAGACGGUUUUCCAAAGGAGAUGAGCAAUUUGAUUAGCAUGAGACAUCUUCACUAUUCUCGUUAUGAUACACGACGCGAAAUCCAAAUGCCAUCCGGGAUUGGACGAUGGACUUGUCUUCAAACAUUGAAGUUCUUUAACAUAGGUCGUCAAGAGGAAGGUCGUGGUAUCCAAGAACUUGGAACCUUGGAAGAUCUUAAAGGCUCCUUGGAGAUCAGAAAUCUUGAAUUAGUAAAUGGCAAAGAUGAUGCUGAACUGGCGAACCUAUCUAAAAAGCCAAAUCUGUAUCGGUUGGUAUUUGAGUGGGGCAAUAGGGAUCGAGAAAGUGAUAAUUGUGAUGAAGAUGUGUUGGAAGGCCUCCAACCUCACCCAAAUUUAAAAGAGUUACAAAUUUUGAAGUUCAUGGGUGAUCAGUUCCCACAAUGGUUCAUGAAUUUGACAUUGACAUCACUGGUGGAGUUGCGGGUGAAGGAUUGCACAAGAUGCAGAGAACUCCCCACCCUAGGACAGCUGUCAUCCCUCCAACAUCUAUAUCUGACUGGACUGGAAAACAUAAGAAGCAUUGGGCUUUCAUUCUACAGUACAAGUGCUGAGGAGGACGGCGGAUCAGGAGGUUCAAGCACUAUUAGCAGACAAACAUUCUUUCCAGCCCUUAAAAAACUCUCUCUUGAAAGCAUGAAAAAUUUGAAAGAGUGGAAGGACGCACCCGAGAUGAUGUCAACCGCAGGUGAAGUACAUGUGAUGGAUGUGUUUCCCGUGCUUGAAAAGUUGUCUAUUAGUAAUUGCCCCCAGCUGACCACCAUUCCAACUCCAAGUCGUUUCCCAAGUCUUGAUGUAUUGAAAAUAAAAAAGAAUUGCCAUGUUUCGCUGGCAGAAAAGGUUUUGAGCAAUAUAGCCAAUCUCUCGUCCCUUAAAUUAAGUGGUGGUAGUUAUCACCGCAUCGAGUCUCUGAAAUUAGUGAGACGACCAGAGAGCAGCUUGAGUAUUGAUGGCUGUGACAGUCUACCCACUGACAUGCUUGAGCGACUCUGUCUUUUUCCAACUCUUCAGAGUGUAGAAUUGAGGUUUGUCAAUAAUAUAACAACAUUAAGAGGAAUGAGUUGCCAGAAGAUCUUUAUCAAUUUCAAGCUUUAGAGCACUUGGAGAUACAGGGUUGCCCGAGAAUUGAUUCAUUUGGAUAUCCAAAUCCUAAAAAUUCAUUUGGACAGAAAAGCCUCCUUAAGUCUCUUGAGGAAUUUACUGUCGAUAUGUGCGAAUCAUUCACAAGAUUACCAGUGGAGAUGUUCGAGUCGUGUACGUCUAUCUUUCCCCUUGAUUUGCGACGAACCCCUUCUCUCGAGAGCUUCUCGUUAUGGUGGUGUCCCAACUUGAUUGCUGAGAUGCCUAGUGGAUUUGGCUAUCUUACCAGCUUAAGGAAUGUGGAGAUUGGCCCCUUCUCGGAUUACUCUGUAAUCGAAUUUGAUUGGGCUGGAUUAGCAUCUUCAUCAACACUCCGACACAUGUCUUUACGUGGAAUGCCUGACAUGAAAUCUCUGCCACAUCAGCUUCAAGACUUGACUACCAUCACAUCACUAUCUCUACGUGACUUCGGAGCAAUCGAAGCUUUACCAGAUUGGCUUGGGAACCUUGCGUCUCUUGAUGAGCUAAUCCUAUUCGGUUGCGAAAAGCUUGAAUAUUUACCCUCCAUGGCUGCCAUGGAACGCCUCAAAUUAAGACGUCUGGAAAUUGGUAAUUGUCCUCUAUUAACCGAAACAUGCACUCCUCAAAGCGGCUCCGAGUGGCCCAAGAUCUCUAAUAUUCAAGAGCUUGAAAUUGAUUAAAAGUCAUCUUUCCGAGCCAUCGGGCCACAAGUGUCAAUGAAGCAGCAAGCAGUGAUAGCGCCGAAACAUUGUGAAAGGCUCAAAAGUUUGCUUAAGGCAGAGUCAGCCUGGAACCUCUAGAGCAUCUUAUUGCACUUUUCGCAUUCUCCAACUGCAACAUCAGGUUGUGGUUUCGAAUCAUUUUUGAAGAAAGAUGAGGAGAAUUUGUUUAGGAAGUAGAGAUCAUGCUUUUUGGACAAAGAACACCAACGUUCCCGUGUUGUUCUUAUGAGAAUGUCAAGAGGGAGGAGUUAUUUUCACUUAUCAGUCAGUUUUUGAAGAUGGAAGGUAGUUAUCUGUGAUUUUUCCCGCCAGAAUGCCAUAUAUUGCUCAGAAUAUGGAAAUGAAGCAUGCUGAAAACAGAGUGGCUUGUGCCAGGCUUGUAGAAAGUAGUAUGGAUUGAGAAGAAUUAGAGAAGAGCAUGGUAGCUGGUACUGGAGAGCUAUCAAGGUACAAGACUUGCUUGAAGAAAACUGGGCGUACUGAUACUUUAAUUCCAGAGGUGACAAGAUUUGAUGGAAAGAAGUUAGACAUUGUAGACAGCAUUGGUGAUCAUUUGGAUGACAUAAACGAAGCAUGCGAUUGCAGUGUCAGUCGUUCAUUUGGAUGGAAAUAGUUCAAAGUUUUGGUGCUGCAAUUGCAGCGGCAAGAAUUUCUACAUCCUCGUUCAAAGGUUCCCGCCAGAUCUUGCAAGGCCUUUGUAAAUUGGACAAUAGGUUAUACCUUUCCACUCAAGAACAAGAGAGACUCAUUAUACAACUGUGCUAACAGUUAGUCCUUCUAAGUACCAGAGCUUCCACACAGAUUUUACUUGCUGCUGAAACCUCCCUCCCUCUCUCUGAUGCUGCUGCUGAUAUAACUAGUGAUUUUGUGUUUUGGAAAUUGUGUAUUUGGAUGAUACUACUUGGGUUGCCUUUUGGUGAAAUGUAGGGAUGCAAGAUCUCAUUGGAGAUUAGUGCUAAUUGACCCUUUA